AUGGCACCACACUCAAACACGGAUAUGGUACCCGCCACCGCCGAUGCCGUGCCGGUGAAGAAGAGUUGGGAGCCUCACGCAAAGGAAGGCCAGACGGCUCUUCAAGCAUUGUCUCAAGGCACACCUCUGUCUGGCAUCCCAACUUUCCCAUCAUUCCAUGAACACCGCACUCACAUCUUCGAACACAUGGCCGCCACAUUCCGCAUCUUCGCCCGCAAGGGAUUCAACGAGGGCAUGGCCGGGCACAUCUCCGUUCGCGACCCCGAGAACCUGCACACGUUCUGGGCCAAUCCGCUUGGUCGUCCGUGGCAGCUUAUGCGAGCCUCGGAUAUGAUUCUCGUCGACUACAAUGGCAACGCUAUCGGCGGAAACAUGAGUCUGCCUUCAAACGCUGCUGGCUUUCUCAUUCACAGCGCUCUGCACAAGGCUCGGCCCGACGUCAACGCGGCUUGUCAUGCACAUACCAUAUACGGCAAGGCCUGGUCCGCCUUUGGUAGACCGCUGGAGAUGAUCAAUCAAGAUGCUUGCAUAUUUUACGGCAAGGCACAGGCAGUUUAUGAGGACUUUGGGGGAGUGGUGUUCGAUGAGGAGGAGGGCAAGCGGCUGGCCGAAGCUCUGGGACCAGAGGGAAAGGUGAUGACUUUGACGACCCACGGUCUAUUGACUGUGGGCCAGACAGUCGAUGAAGCAGCGUACCUGUUUACUCUCAUGGAGAAGAGCUGCCAAGUUCAGCUUUUGGCUGAAGCCGCUGCUGCUAAUGGCAUACCAAAAAGGAUCAUCGAAGAUAACGUUGCUGCGUACACGUUCAGGAUGACGUCUAGCCCCGACAGCUUGUAUCGAGAGUUCCAGCCAGAUUUUGAGGUAGAAGACUUCUUGAGUAAUGGAGACUUUCGGAAAUAG